AUGUCUAUAAGCAGAAACAAGCUGAUUUUACUACUAGGAAUGUUCUGCUUCGAACAAGGUAAAUCAGCAACUCUUUCUCUUCCCAAAGCUCCCAAUUGUGGGCAAAUUCUGACUAAGGCACAUCCUUGGAGUUAUUUUAAAAUUUUCAGUCGCAUUCUUGGAGGAAACCAAGUGGAAAAGGGUUCCUAUCCCUGGCAGGUGUCUCUGAAAAAAAAGCAGAAGCAUGUCUGUGGAGGAACCAUCAUCUCUCCACAAUGGGUGAUCACAGCUGCUCACUGCGUUGCAUACAGAAGCAACAUGUCAACUUUGAAUAUCACAGCUGGAGAACAUGACUUGAGCCAGGAAGAGCCAGAAGAACAAACCCUCCCCAUUGAAUCUGUCAUCAAACACCCACAUUUCUCCACCAAGAAACCAAUGGACUAUGAUAUUGCCCUGUUGAAGAUGGCUGGAGCCUUCCAAUUUGGCCGAUUUGUGGGGCCCAUAUGUCUUCCAGAGCCAGGGGAACGAUUUGAGGCUGGACUUACUUGUACAACAGCAGGAUGGGGCCGCUUGGGUGAAGAUGGUAUCCUCCCGCAAGUUUUACAGGAAGUGAACCUGCCAAUUUUGACCCAGAAUGAGUGCAUGGAAGCUCUAUCAUCCCUGAAGCAGUUCAUUAGUGGAAAUACCUUUCUCUGCACAGGCUUCCCUGAAGGAGGGAAAGACGCAUGUCAGGGAGAUUCAGGAGGGUCACUCAUGUGCCGGAAUGAGAAAGGGGCCUGGACUCUGGCUGGUGUGACUUCCUGGGGCUUGGGCUGUGGUCGAGGCUGGAGAAACAAUAUGGAGCAAAGUUAUCAAAGUGACCAAGGAUCCCCCGGGAUCUUCACAGAUGUUAGUAAACUGCUUCCAUGGAUCCUUAAACACAUCCAGACUGGGCUGCAACCAAAAAAUAGCCGGGCGUUGUGGCAGGCGCCUAAGGACAGAGUAGUCAGUGGGUCUGAGGGGGAGCUGCACUUCACAGAAAACCUCCAGCUAUAUUAUGAGAGCAAACAACUAUGUGUCUGGACCCUGUUAGUACCAGAGGAAGAAAUGCAUGUGUUACUCAGCUUUUUUCACUUGGACGUUGAGACUUGUCACCACAAUUACCUGUCAAUAUAUUCUUUAGAAGACAGACUCAUUGGAAAUUUUUAUGGAGAAAGUCUGACUUCAUCCAUUCUUGUUGGCUCCAAUUCUAUAAGGCUGGAGUUAAUCUCCGAUGCCACAAAUUAUGCUACUAGGUUUAAUCUCACCUAUAAACCUCUUAAGCCAAACUACCUUCCUGAUUCAGGUUGCAGUUUCUUAACUGUUCUUUUUGAAGAAGGCUUCAUACAGAGUCUUAACUAUCCUGGAAACUAUAGUGACGUGGCUAACUGUAACUGGAUUUUUCAAGCCCCCCAUUCUUUUUCAAGCCCCUAA